CGCAACACAAGUUAACGGCAUUUCAUUACGAGCAGUUGUACGAUGCGGUGAGUGGCACAGUGGACAAAUAAAAUAACAAAAAAAUGCGAAACAUCUACAAACAAAACGGAAGUGGGGAUAUACGAAACUAAAGAAUUUAUGCAAAACAAAAGGUUCAAGCUCUUAGCCGACAUAUGUUUAUACAAAUUCCUAGAAAGAGUGUAUAAAAGUUAUAUUAAAUUGCAAAAUUGCCUUUCUUAACGAGUACUCAGCAUCUGAACUGCAAGCAUUGAUUUUACCCAUCUGUAUUGGUCUCGGAUAGGGCAGCUGUCACAAGAAUAGAAUCAGCAAAGGCAACAAACAGUUUCACAAGGGUGGAGAGGAAAAAAUAUAAAACUAGAUUUUCACUUUCACAUCAUCGCGGAUAAUUAUCUUUGAAUGACGAUUUUCUUUCCAACCCAGGUGCAUUGUGCAACAAUUUAAAUUUCUCAAGAUGAAAAGUGUUAUAGGUAUAAGACUGAAAGAUUAAAGAACAGUAGUGCUCAAAUGAGAACGUGGAACUGAGCAAGCAAUCCAAAACUGCUAGAAAACCACCGAAAAUCUAGAGUAUCAAUUGUGGGCAGCUGCAACGCCUACUCCGAAGAACAAAAGACUUAAGUUAAAUAACAAACACAAUAAACAAUAAAAAUAGGCGAGUGCAAAAUUGAAAAAUGUCGUCCCGUCUUAAGGAGAAAGUGACCGCGGCUUUACGAAAAUUCAACAAGAGUAGAAGUCGCAGUGGCAGUGGUGAUAAAACGGCUGAGGCUGGGGGUGGCGCAAGUGUGAAUAGCCCUGGAGGAAAUGUUGGCGGCAACGCGACGGCGAAGAACUCAAACGGUAAUGCAGCUGUUGUAGCUGAAUCGCCAGGUAGACGUCUACGUCGACAGGAUAACAGAGUUUCACCAGCUUCAAGUAGAAUGGUUAUGUCAGUCAAUGUUCAACAUGUUCCCGAUCACAGUAUUCGGGCACGGCGCCUAAUGAAGGAAUACAAGGAGAUACAAAAAGUGCACAAUAGUAAAAACGACCCAAUAUUCACGGUGGAACUUAUAAACGACAAUCUGUAUGAGUGGUACGCACGACUCCAUAUUGUCGAUCCAGAUUCGAAAUUAGCGAAAGACAUGGCUGAGAUGAACAUUCCAUUUAUACUCCUGCAUCUUGUAUUUCCCGAUAAAUUCCCAUUCGCACCGCCUUUUAUGCGAGUAGUCGAACCGAGAAUCGAAAAGGGCUUCGUAAUGGAGGGUGGAGCAAUUUGUAUGGAACUUUUAACGCCACGCGGUUGGGCCUCAGCGUACACUGUAGAGGCGGUGUUAAUGCAGUUUGCAGCGAGCUUAGUUAAGGGACAGGGACGUAUUGUGCGGAAAACAAAGGGUUCAAAAGAUUUUAGUAGACGAACAGCGGAGGAAGCAUUCCGUUCAUUGGUAAAAACACACGAAAAAUACGGCUGGGUAACUCCAGCACUUUCCGACGGUUGAAUGGCUAUACACUUGCUACAUCUGUGUACACAAGUGGUGUAAGAAAACAAAAACACAAAUGUCAAAGAAGAAUGCAGUUCUGGUCCUUUGCUCUGACCAAAAGUAUACUCAUAAUUAAGUUUAUUUAUUAGGCAUACAUAAGUAUAUUUAAACAUUUAUUGAACUCGGUAUUUUCGAUUUUCGUUAAGAAGCUGCCACAAAAAGAUAAUUCGUUUUUAAGUAUGUAAUAGUAUUUGUAAUUGUAUUAUCAAUACGGUUUGCUCAUACAUACAAUAUAUAUGGUAUAUAAAACAUAUAGCUUAAUAUAAAUAUACCUUCCAUGUUUAUUUAUUUUUUUCUGCAAAAAAUGGCGAUAGAAUAAGAUUUUUAUAAAACACCCCGUAAGAUAAUAUACACUAAUAACAAUAUGGUAAAUUUAUCAAUUCGCGAGUUCGCAAAUAAACCGAAAACCAUCCAGAAACAACUUAGAAAUGUAAAUACUAAAAUCAAAAAUAAAUUAAUUAUAAUAUGUAUAAACUAAAUUAACCCUUUGAAUAUGUUCCGAUCUUUCAAUUGAAUGCAAAACGUGUAUGCAACAUGGUGGCAUUUUUAUUUUAAGCAAUUUUUUUUAUAGAUAGUAAUGUUUACGGUCGCAAAAGUCAAAAUUAUGGUAAUUUUCCUGGUUUCAUGCAAUUAUUAUUUCAUUUAAGAGGGAGCUCACUUUGCAAGGUAAAGCUGCAGAAGUGAUUUACCAACAGUUUGCAUAAAACACAAGAGUUCAAAAUUUUAGUUAAGAUUUUAAUUAAAACACUAUACACCAAUAUACAUAUGUAUAUUAAUUAAGCAAGCUGUGUUAUAGAAUUGGAGAAACCAAUGUUUUGUGAUUUCAUAGAUACUGAAUUUAUUACCAAAAAAUUACUUUUUUAUAUACAUACAUAGUUAAAAUAAUUUAAAUAAUUUAUUUAUGUUGACUCCAAAGACUAUUAGUACGUAAUCACUUAUUAAAUAUAUACACUUUUAAGAAAAUAAUAUGCAGUAAAUCUAAAUAUUUAUGGAAGUAUUUGUAACGCUUGUUUUCACAAACAACCGUCAUAUGCAUAAAAUGAUUUGAUUGAGUCUAAAUGCAUCUAAAAUAUGUAGGUCUACCAGUUAUCGUUAUAUAGUUUACUAUUUCUCAGUUUCAAACAUGUAUACAUAUAGUAUAUAACACGAUAAAUAUUAUAUAUUUUUUAAAUUAGUUUAAAAUACUUUACACAGACAAAAGUGUUUAUGUGUAGCAUUAAAUUCUGCAUACUUUUCGUGAAUUCGGUUGUAAAAUUGUUUAUGUUCAUAAAAAUUUGCUGUACGAAAAUAUUAUUCAGUAUUGUGCGGAUUUUGCGAUGUUUUGUAAUAAGUAUGCAUAUACUAUACCCUAUAUGCAAGUAAGCAUUCGUAUGUUCAAAAUAAUUUAAUAAACCUCUAUGUGUAAUAAACAA